CAAAGUGCUUGUAUUGGCGCUGUUAUGUCACGUGCAUUGAAAGAUUUCCAACAACACAUGAACGCAUCACAGUACCACAACACCACGCCAGCCGGGAGGUCUGUCUAAUUUAGCCGGGCUUCCUGCACUUUUUCACGCCGAUAUGGAUGCUCUAAAGUGGGCUGGGAGAGCCAUUCGGAGACACAGUGUGUCUAAAGAAACCCGGACUGUCGGAAGACACAGAAAGCUUCCAGAGAACUGGACCGACACAAGAGGGGCCAUCCUGGAGGGGAUGACCUUUAACCUCCGUCACAUUGGCAUGACCUUGGUGGCCCAGCCCCAGGGGGAAGGCAUAGCAGCAGAGGCUAUAAAGAGGAUUAUCGCCAUGGCGAAAGCCAGUGGGAAGAAAGCUGAGAAAGUGUCUCUGAAAGUCUCCAUUCAAGGCAUCACGCUCUACGACACUGCCACCAAUAGAUGCAUGGAAAAUAUCUCCAUCUUCAAGAUAUCCUUCUGCACAGUGGACAAAGUGCACGACCGAGUGUUUGCAUUUAUCGCAGAGAGCAACCUCAAUGGGACGCUGGCGUGCCACGCCUACCUGUGCUCCAAGAGGAAAGAGGCUAAGGCUGUAGCUUUGACAGUAGCACAGGCCUUCAGAGUGACUCUGGAACUGUGGGAAGUGGCCAGAGAUGAAGAAGGAAGGCAAGCCAAGCCUAGUUCAGGUGGAGAGGUCAGCAGUAACUCCAAUAUGGACGCUGUGAAAGAUGUUUCCCCUGAAAACCUGUUGGACUCUGAGGGCACUGUAAGGAAGGUUGAUGAGUUGGACAACCAGAACACAUCUGAGAGUAUUAAUAACCAAGCCUGGGAAAUACACAAUGAUUUGGAUGCCACCUUCUCCAGGUCUGCUUCAGUUCCAGGUGAAGUGAAACUGGCCAUGUCGCGUUCUAAGUCCCAGAUCCUGGACGCUGGGGUGAUUCCCCAAGAAUGGCUGAAUGGACCCGACUGGGACAGCGUCAACGGAAACACCCCCCCAAAAAAGAGGCUCAGCGAAUCAACUUUGGAUCUGAACACCGUGACCCACCCUGCUUACUUAACAGCCUGCAUUAUUUAACGGUCUUUCCUCACGCUUGGAUGGAAGCUGAGAAAGUGCACUCUCUUAGUCAGAGAUUGGACAAACACGUACUGUGCAGCGCGUUGCGAUGACUACAAGGUGGAGAGGCCUCAAAGGUCAAGUGAGAAAUAUGUUUAAAAAAAUGCUACAAGAGCAAAAAACCAGUAAGCAACCAGAAAAAGAAAUUCCAUUAUGUGCAUGUGAAGGCAUCGGAAGGCACCACUGUAUCCAGUUGAAAUGUAUUAGCUAACAUGUGCAGGAAGCGUCCACCAUAAAUAGCCCCAAAGUGCAGCAUCACACGUCGCAAGGGGGCAAAUACAGCACAGUAAAUUUGAGCAGCCUCGUUCCCCGUCACUGCACGGUCAAAGAUGUCUCCUCAAUGAAGCUAUUAGAUGGAAAGCGAUGCCAGCCUGCUUGGCCAAGUGGCGCGAGUCCAAAGAUGAAGCAUUUCCCCCGAGCAACCUCCCGGAAAAGACAAGUAUUUUAUAUUUGUCAGAAGGAUAAGCAAGGGGAAGAGUGUCUCAAAGGCAACAAACACACACAAACACAGCAGAUGAUGAUAAGAAUAAAAGCAUGGGACCGGGCUACGUGCUGGAUUAAUGGGAAUGGUUAUAUAAUUAACGCAGGGAAAAUCUUAAGUCAUUGUAGAUCAUUUCAAAGGUCCAAUCAUUUAACUGACACAAUGCCUUCAUUGAUCCUCCACCACUAUUGAUACCCAUGAGUCCUUAAAAUAAACACAAUCGGGCAAAAUUGAGCACUGAAAAUAUUUAUUUCAUAAUAAUACAUAUUUAAUACAUAUUUGGUCAGUCCCUAAUUGUGUUUUUUUAAGAAAAAAAAUUGUCACUGGCAAAAGAUAAUAUGUAGUCUAACAACCACCGAUGCUGUAUCUUGUUAAAUGACAACCUGUGGAAGUGUCAGUCCAAAGGGUGCAUUUCCACCUUUGUAAAUAGGGGACUGUGAUGACCACUCUGAGGUGAAAACAAAACCAAAGGGUGCGUGUGGGCAGAAAAGCGCUGAUGUGGAGGCCAGAGAAAGAUGGCUAAUGGGAGUCUGAGGGCGUCUAUAAUGAGAAACACGAGAGACAGGGAGCGGGAACGGAGGGUAAGG